AUCGAAGCAAGUAGCCAAUGAAUUUUCAGAAUCUGCGCAGAUUUAGCAAAGUCUGCCUCUCGUGAACGCAGCCACCGUGUCAACACGGAAGUCGAUCGGUGUCCAAUGGAGAAAGCAGGGCAGUUUAUCUUAGCCUGUGACAAUAUGCAGUAAAUCCACUGACUGUUCAUGCUGUCAAUUUGGGAAAACAUUGCCAGUGCCAGACGUAUAGGUUAUGAUAGUCUGGAAUGGAUGAGAACCAGUGGGAUAUUCUGGAAUCCGGACAAGGUGGCAUUUCAUUGAUAGAAGGGAUAAGUAACCCGGUUCUUGCUACAGUGGUUCUCUGUGGUGCAUUUCUGGGUGGACUUAUAAUUCUUCUUUGCAGGAAUGAACAGGAGAACAUCCACCCUGAAAACCAGGCACGAGUGACUGCUGUUCGACAACAUUUACAGUCCCAACAGGAUGCACCUGCACAACACCGACAGCAGUUCUACGCAGACAUGUCCUGUCCAGUCUGUUUACAACAAGCCUCGCUGCCUGUUGAAACCAACUGUGGUCACCUAUUCUGUGGAUCCUGCAUUAUUGCAUACUGGAGACAUGGGUCAUGGCUUGGAGCUGUUAAUUGCCCAAUCUGUAGACAAAUGGUGACUUUGCUGUUUCCAUUGUUUCAAGAGCAAGACCAGCCCCAGCAGCAGGAGGCAGGCCAGAUACUUCAGGAUGUCAACGACUACAACCGGAGAUAUUCCGGACAGGCCAGACCUCUGAUGGAUCACCUCCGAGAUGUCCCAACAUUGCUGCGCCAUGCCUUCAGGGAGAUGUUUUCAAGGGGGGCAUUGUUUUGUAUGUUUCAAAUUCGAAUCCUUCUCUGCCUGGUCGGUGCUUUAAUGUACCUUGUCUCACCCCUGGAUUUAAUUCCUGAAGCUCUCUUUGGAAUCCUGGGUUUCAUGGAUGACCUUUUUGUGAUCGUCUUGUUUUUCAUCUACAUCUCCAUCAUGUACAGGGAAGUGGUGACGCAAAGGCUGGUCAUGUGAAGUAUCAACCAGGGUCACUGGAGAUGUUGAAAAUCUCCAAGGCAUGUCAAGGAUGUCAAACUUGCCCAUUGCUUCUGUAUCUUACGCAAUAUAUUAAAACACCACCAGGGUCAAGAAACAGUUGAAUCUCAUCACUUGAGUACUUCUUAAUAGAUUGCUGUAAGUUUACAGCCCCACACAGUUUUAUCUUUCGCCUCAGGAUCAGCUCAUGUUAUUUUUCAUUGCUUACGCUUUUGGUGGCAAAUAAUCAUCUUGUAGUGAGGCAGGGUAACCCUUUUGUGACAUUGUUGCUUGGGGGUUUCCACAUCCUAUAAUGUUUUACUGUUCAGCACUAAACAGCAUGUUCUCAGUUAAGCUGUUUGUUGAUAAUUCCUCAGAUCAUCAGGGAUAAAGAUAAACCAAGCAAAAAUAGUCAGCCUGUAUGUGUGACAUCAGGUACGCUUAUUUUCUUUUUACUGGAAAAGCUACAGCACCCCUAUUAUUUUCAACUGUCGGAACAUUAGUUCUGUACAGAGACAGCAAAUUUCAGAACAAUGUCAGAAAAAUAAAUCUAAUUUUUAAAAAGGAAAA